AUGUCCAUGAAACCCAUUGACAAUUUCAUCAUGAGUAGUGUUCGCCUCUUUGAGGUAAAUCCUUCUCAAACACUUUUUUCUAUAUCAUAUAAACCACCUACACCAAAGACUAACACCAAGGUGUCCUUUAGAACCCAUAAUCCGCAUUUAUCCUCGAACUAUAGAUUCACCACUAAUAAAAGUAAAGAUGUUUCAAGGUUGCUUAGUGCGUUAGGUCCACGAGGUGUUUCUGUAACUCCAGGAAAAAUUGAAAAAAUAGCACAGUUAAAAAAGAAGCAGAACGGUAAGAUAAAACAGUUAAAUAAGAAAACAAAAGGUAAAAACAUUCAAGAUGUGGUAGGUUUGGCCACUUUAAUGGUCAAUGUAGAUGUUAAAAAGAACGAACCUGUGGUCACGAAAAGCGUUAUGGGGCAGAAGCAAGGUGCCAAUGCUGCACAAAAUAGCGGUUGUAAUUCUUCUUCAGCUUUAAAGAAGAAAAAAAACAAAAACAAAGGCAAAAAGAAGCGUUAA